AUGGGUGCAUUUAUCAUUUGUAUUUUGUGUGCUCUGAGUUUAAGAGUGAAUUGUUAUAUCCAACGUGGAUUAGAAGACCCCUACGCGGAAACUCCGAAAUGUGAAGCAAUCCGUGUAAAAGCCUGCCAAGAUCUCCCAUAUAACAUAACAAUAUUUCCAAAUGAUAUGGGACAGUCGACACAAGAAGAAGCCUUACAGGAAAUCAACCAGUUCUCUUCACUUAUUCGCAUUAAAUGUAGUCCGUCGCUCAAAUUGUUCCUUUGUUCUUUAUACUUUCCCGUGUGCACCGUGAUGAAGAAUCCUCUUCCUCCAUGUCGGUCGUUGUGCGAGCAGAAUCGGAAGGAUUGUGAACCGCUGAUGCGUGGCUUUAGUUUUGAGGUUCCUCCAAGCUUUGAGUUCCGAAUUCGAAUGGGGAGCGGGCAAAUCAUCCCGGAUUGUGGAAUACCCUGUAACGAUUUCCUGUUCAGCGAUUCCUCAUCCCGUCGCUUCUCACGGCUUUGGAUUGGUUUAUGGAGUUGUUUGUGUGCGGCUUCUACGUUGUUUACUGUUUUGACGUUCCUGAUCGACAUGCCUCGUUUCCAGUACCCUGAGAGGCCCAUUAUUUUCCUCUCAUUUUGUUACCUGAUGGUCGCGUUAACGUACGUCGCGGGAUUUAUCUUGAAUGAUAAGGUAAACACUCAUUAA